CGUGGCUUGGCGGCCCGCCUCCUGGCCCGCUUUCUUGUUGGCAAUGGGCCCGCCCUUUGCUCCCGCCGCAUUCCGCCCGCCCGCCCGGCUGUUUGUUCUUGUCGGGUGAUGUUUGUCCCGAUGGCCAUUAGCCUCAUGGCGGGCGGCCGGGCAGUGUCACAAUCCGCCUUCACCUCGGGACCCUCGCUCCCCUGGCCUCCCUGCCUCUGGCUCUGUUUUUCAUUCAUUCCGCCCUCGGGGCGGUGUCAAGGAGGGUCAUUACCAAUGUCGCCGGCGCCAAGAUCUGGGCGCAGAGCUAAUCUGCCGCCGGGCCCAUAUUCACGCAUUGUUUUUGCUGUUAUGCCGUAUGCGUAUUUAUUUCCUUAUUUUAAUACUCGCGCUCCCGGCAAUUGA